AUGGGUUUUUCCAAACCCUUGAAGCUCUUGAACAGAGUUAGUUUUCCCAAACCCCAAUUCCGCAACUUGCAUUGUUUGCACACACAGCAUCAUCAUCAUUAUCAUCAUGAUGAUAACAUUGUUACUGCAAUAUGCAAUUCGUUUAGAAAGAGAUGGAAUUGGGACACCAUAACCAACAAGUUUGGUUCUCUCGAAUUCAACGAUUCAUUGGUGGAACACGUUCUCUUGGAGUUUAAGGAUCCAAUUGAAGCCAAAAGCGCACUGGGUUUCUUCCAUUGGUCCAAGAACAGGAACAGCAACAGCUUCCAACAACAUGGGAUUCGGUCUUAUUGCAUAGCAAUCCACGUUUCGGUGAGAGCCAUGUUGUUAACCGAUGCCAAAGCAUUGCUCCAAUCGCUUUUGAACAAAAACAAGGAAAAGGAAGAUCGUGUGGUUGUGGAUUCGCUACUUGACACGUACGAGGUUGUUUCUGGUUCUUCUUCUCACCCAUUGGUGUUUGAUCUGUUGAUACAGGCUUAUGCCAAGAUGAGGAUGACACGUGUCGCUUUCGACACGUGUCUUUACGUGGAGGAACGCGGAUUCUCCGUUAGUUUGGUUAGUUACAACUCUUUGCUUCAUGUUAUGCAGAAAUCAUUGAAAUCUGAUGAUGGCUGUGAUUGUGACAUGGUUUGGAAUGUUUACGAGCACAUGAUUUGGAAAAGGGUUUACCCGAAUGUGGUGACUUUGAGGAUCAUGGUUGAUGCCCUAUGCAAGGAUGGUGAGUUGCUGAGAAUUGUGGACUUGUUGGAACAAAUUUUGGGGAAGAGGAGUUCUUCUUCUCCAUCUGUGAUUGUGAAUUCAAGUUUGAUAUUCAGGGUCUUGGAGAGUGGGAAAAUGGAAAAAGUUGAAGAAAGUGAAGUGGUUGUGUUGUUGAAGAGAAUGUUGCAAAAGAAUUUGAUUCCUGACUUGGUUGCUUAUUCUCUGAUUGUCCACGUUAAGGUGAAGUUAGGGAAUUUGGAUUCUGCUUGGGAGCUUUAUCAAGAGAUGAUUGCAAGAGGUUUCAAGGCAAAUUCUUUUGUUUACACAUCGUUUAUAGGAGCAUUCUUUGCGGAGGGGAGAGUGGAAGAAGCUGAAGGUUUAAUGGGAGAAAUGGAAGAAAGGAGGUUGAAGCCAUAUGGUGAGACUUUUGAUCAUCUUAUAGUUGGAUAUGCUAAUUUGGGAAGAUUGGAGGAAUGCUUGGGAGUUUGUGAGAAAAUGUUGAGUAUUGGGUUUGUUCCUAGUUGUUUGUCAUUCAAUAAGAUGGUAGAAAGGUUAUGUGAGAGGGGGGAUGUGGAUCAGGCAAAUUCCAUGUUGACAUUGUUGUUGGAUAAAGGGUUCUUACCCAAUGAUGUUACAUACUCUUAUCUGAUACAGGGUUAUGCCAAAAAGGAUGAGGUUCAGGAAGUUCUUAAGCUGUAUUAUGAAAUGGAGUACAGGUCUAUGUGUCCUGGAUUAUCUGUUUUCACAUCAGUGAUUCAGAGUUUAUGCCAUUGUGGAAAGCUUGAAGAUGCAGAAAAGUAUCUGAGUAUUAUGAAAGGUCGUUUGCUAACCCCAAGUGCGACCAUAUAUAGGACAUUGAUUGCCGGCCAUAUGCGGAAGGGUAACAGCGCUAGGGCUCUUCAGCUUGAGAAUGAAAUGGCUUCUUUGGAGUUGUAACCUGGUUAUUGUGCCAACAAGAGGUGAAGCCUAAAACCCAGAUACUCUGAAAGAACAAAAUGCUGCUUCGAAGACAAUAUACGCUGGAAUCUUGUCAUACAAUGUGGAAUGGGCUGAUAUGUAUAAAUUACAUCUCGUGCAGAUAAAGAAGGGAGGUUACUUUAGAGGCUUUGGACAUGUUGAGUUUUCAACAGCAGAAGCAGCACAAAAAGUAAGCUUUGUGACCUUGUUGUAGUCUGUGCAAAUCAUUUUAGACUUCCAACCAGCAUUUCAAAGACAGUCAUACCUUUGGAAGUAAUACUGCCAUAUACUUUUUAGGUACACUUAGAUUUUAUAGAAAUAUUUUUCUCAUUCCCAGUAUUUCCCUUGAAAUAUAUUGACUCCAUUUGAUUUUUGAAAUAAAUUUUUAUCCUGCAUUUGGCUGUAGUUUGAAGCUUUAUUAUUGUUGAUAUUGCUAGAACCUGCAAUUUUCAUGGGGAGGGUAUCACUUCAUGGUUGUCUUCAAGAAGUAUGUACUCUUCAUAAAUGUACAUAUAUAUCAAUGUUAAUGUGUCAAUUUCAUGCUAUUGUGGAUAAGAGAUGCGAUGGAAUAUAGGAAGUUCCUCUAAUUAGAUUUGUACAAAUGUAUUGUACCUCCAAACGUGAAGAUCCAAGCUGUACGAUUGCCAUGAUCUUAUUCUAAGACUUUCUU